GCAUGAUGGCCUGCGGAAUCCAGAUGCCGUGGCAACUGCCUACCAUCGUCUCCAAUACGUUUGCGGAGCCUUGGCCAUUGUCCGGCGUUUGGGUGGUGCCUUCCCACUGCAUUAUGAAGGCGCUGACGGCGAGUUGAGCGGCGAAGAGUGCUUCUCGUUGUUAGUCGAGUUCGCAAAGCUCAAGCUGCGCCCUUCUCUCUGGAACAUCUGGUCCUUCGUGGACGUACUAUACUGGCAACUGAAGGAGGUGCACCACCCAGAGUCUGUUGCCAACCAAGCUUGCAUUCCAGAGGAGGGCGCUCCGACAGCCAAGCCGAUGUCAGAACUGCUGGCACAGGACUGUCCGAUGUUCAAAGGCGAGCUCAUCGCCUUCAUCCUGCGGACUGCAAGAGACUUUGCCACAAGGCAGACGGCGAACAACGAGGUGGAUCCCGAGACAGUGGUGGCUGCGCACCUGCAGAACUUUCAUCAGGACCGUUUCUGUGGAACUUGGCGCCUCCAGCCUUUCUCCAGUGAUGGUCACCCCGUCUUCGCCAAGUACGACAAGAGUGAGAAGGGCUCCGGGCAGUUCUUCCUGUACUAUCGAGCUGCUCAGCGCAUGUGGGUCAUCGAUGCUGAGUUGGACAAGGUGGCCCCGGCCUUCGCGUACACCCGCAAGAGAGACUACGAGAAGGGUUGGUGGAGGAUGGCCUCUUGGGUUCCCAACAAAGGCAUGACGCUUGUGAAUGCCGAGCACCCGCUGGCCUUCGAGAGGGAAGCCGUGGAGGUGCGCGGCGUGGACGAGCAGCUCACUGGAUCCCCCGAGGAGUACCUCGUUCCUCUCAACGGAAUGUACCUGCGCCAGCCGAAGGAUGAGAAUGUGAACGGCAAAGCGCACUUUGUGUUGGAAAGGCCGCGCAGACAUCUCUUCUGGGACACAGGAAUGGACACGUGGUGCAUCGCCCAUGUGUGCCAUUCCGACGAGGGUGUCUACGCCAAGUCUUCCCGAGCCGCCCUGCUGGGACCCUACGUCACCAUGGGCCGGGACGAGCAGGUACCCAACGCCCGCGUGUCUUUCGUCACUGCCGGGGAGGAAGCGGGCGCCGCUGCCAGGCGAGAGCCAGAGCAGGAGGAGGACUUCCCCCUUCUGCGCUGGGAGGACAGCAGUCAUGACUGUAUGCUUUUCUCGAAUCGCAAGCACCAGGUUUGCUUCCUUUCGAGCCAGCCAACCAAGCUCCGGAUUUCCAUGCAUCCGGGCCUACUCUUUCUGCUCGAGCGCAACCAUGUCUCCGUCGGUGAGUCGCUGGAUGCCCUGACCGCUGAUCAUACCAAAAUCCUAGGCUGCCUGACUGGGGUGGACCGGUCCAGGGAGGAGGCGGCCGAGCUCUUGGAUGGCAAGUACUGCCUCACAGGUGAUGCAGUCCUGAAGAUGCUUGCGAUCUUUGUCCGUCUUCGUUGCGGCCUGCCCGUGAUCUUGAUGGGCGAGUGCGGCUGCGGUAAAACCGAGUUGGUGCGCUACCUUUGUGCCUGGCUUGGGGUGGAGCUGGUCACGCUGAACGUUCAUGGUGGGACCACAGAAGACGACAUCGAUCGGGUGUUUGCUCAGGCACGAAAGCUUGUCCAGGAGCGAGAGGGUGAGCGCGUGAUCAUCUUCCUGGAUGAGAUCAACACAUCCCAGCAUGUGAACAUGCUCUGUGAAGCCGUGCUCGAAAGGUCGCUUCGGGGUGACGCCCUGCCCUCCAAUGUGGACGUGCUGGCGGCGCUGAACCCUCGCAGAAAGCGGCCACAACAGCAGUUGACGACCGGCCUCGUCUUCGGUGGCCAGGGCAGUGCCGAGGAGGAGAUGAGCGGGUUGGUGUACCGUGUGCAUGCCGUUCCCGAGACGGUGAAUGACUUCCUCUUCGAUUUCGGGGCUUUGACCCAGAAGGCAGAGAAAAUGUACAUCCGCUCCAUGGUGCAGAACGGUUGGCCCGAGAGCCACGAGCGUGAGCAGGAGCUCGUCACGGAGCUCCUCUGCCUCGCGCAGGCCUUCAUACGUUGGGAGGAAGGCGAUCCGUCGGCAGUCUCUCUGAGAGAUGUGAAGCGGUGCUUGCGAGUCGCGCGAUGGACCCAGGAGCGCUUCGGAAAGAAGACUGCGAAGAGUCAGCCGCACCCUCCCUCGGUGGUCGUUGCGGUGGCUUUGGUAUACCAUUACCGCCUGGCCUUCAGGGACAGUCGCCACAGCCUCUGGAUUGACCUCACACGUCGGGCGCCCUGGCCGGGUGACAGGGGCGAGAUGAAGGGCAGAGGAUGGGCAGAGCUGAGCAAGCAGCGCGAGGAGAAUGGCCUCACAGCCAUGGAAAACAUCCUCCGGAAGGUGCAGAACAAUGUCGCGAAGGAGUUCGAAGUCGAGAAAGAUGUAGUCAUGAACGAAGCAUUGGCUGAAAACGUGUUCGUCGGGCUUCUGUGCAUUAUGAACCGCAUCCCACUCUUCAUUGUUGGCAAGCCAGGUACCUCAAAGACUCUGUGUAUGCAGGUCUUGAUGAGCAAUCUGCAAGGGAAGCUGUCCAAGUCCAAAUUCUUGCAGACUUUGCCAGCCCUUCGACUCAUGCAGUAUCAGUGCUCACCGUUGUCCACGGCUGACGGCAUCCAGCGCCAAUUCGAUGCGGCUUCUCGCUUUGCCUCCAAUGCACUGGACGCCCAGGUAGUUCUCCUCUUGGAUGAGGUGGGCCUUGCAGAGUUCUCGCCAGACAUGCCUUUGAAGGUUUUGCAUGGAAUUCUGGCGGAACCGGGGAUCGUCUCGGUGGUGGGUUUGUCGAACUGGCGGCUGGACCCGGCCAAGAUGAACAGGAGCGUUUGCCUUGCGCGGCCGGAUCCGGACUCUGCAGAGGUUGGUCGAACAGGAGCAGGGUUGCUUGCGGCCUUCAGUGGGAGCUCCUCGCCCGGUUGGCUGCAGGAGCUGUCUGCCGCCUUCUGGAGCGUUUUCGCAGACCAAGGCGAUCGCGACUGGCUGGGAAUGCGAGACUACUACAGUUUUGUCCGUGCCGUUCGCGAUGGAUGUGUUUCGGCGAGUGUGGAGCAACCUACUGCAGAGAUCCUGGCAUUCGCCAUUCGCCGAAAUUUUGGAGGUCAGCCAGUAUUGUUGGAGAGGCUGCUUCAUGCAAUGCUUCCUGCAGGUGCCAGAAGAGAAGGAGAGCGUCUCGCUUGGCCGUUGAAGGAGCUUCUCUGCUCCAGUCUCUCGGACAGGACAGCCCGGCACCUGCUCCUGGCCAGCCAGGGCGCUGCCUUGCCAUGGCUGCAGGCAGCCGACAUCCUGCCCAAGGAUGCGGAAAUCCUGCUGGGCAGCGAUUUCCCGGAAGAUGCUUCCGAGGCCUACGCCAUCCGACAGCUCAUGCGGGUGCGCGAUGCGAUGGCCAAGGGUCGCAUGCUGCUGCUGUGUGGAAUGGACGUCAUCUACGAGGCACUCUACGACGUUCUCAACCAGCGCUACGUGCGGCGGCGGACCGAGGAAGGCGAAAUCGAAUUGCUGCUUCGUUUGGCAAUCGGAGCGCGGUCUCAGCUCUGCUCCAUGGCACCGUCCUUCAAGCUUCUGGUGCUGGUGGACCAGGACCAGGCCUUCCGACAGCUGGAUGUGCCGUUUCUGAACCGGUUCGAGAAGCAGCUGGUGGAACCUACAGAGCUCCUGGACCCAGCCAGGCAGCCUCUCCUGGCGAAGCUGCAGGCCUGGGCGGAGGUCUUGGGUUUGGAAGCUGGCUGCGACGUGGUCGCUGGCGGACUUACGCUGGCACGGCCAGAGGCAGACUUGCAGCAACUGAAGCUGGCGAUCUUGGACAUGGCGCUGCCGCUAGCAGUGUUUCGAUCGAAGAGCUUGCAACAGCUCAGAGAGGAGAACUCCUACUUCCAGGCCGGGGCCGGGAUAUGGCGUCCAAUUUCGAGUCUCGCAAACCCACUCACAUGCAUUCAGGUGCGACGGAGCUUGGCAAGCAGCAUGGUUCAUGUCGUCUCCGGUGUGAAUUCUGGCGGCAUCCUCUGCGAGCUAUCCACGUCCUCGCCCAUGGCGCACAUGCCACCACUCCAAGACUUGGCUGAAGUCGGGGGCCACAGCAUCAUCCCAAUUUCGCAGCUCUCGGGAUCCCAGCAGCUAGAGGCACGGCGACCUGGUGUUCUGACAUCUUUGUCAUCUCCACUUGUUUGUGCUGUCUCUGCGAAACCGUUUGCAGUCUGGCAGGACAUUCUCGAGAAGUUUUUCUCCGAGGGAGCCGAGACGAGUGAAAACAGGACUGCCAAGAGGUUCCUUUUCUUCAUGAAGCUGCGCAAACCUGCAUUCAGCCCCCUUGCCACGAGACGGAAGCUUCGCUAG